UCUAGUUUUUAACGGCUACGGAUAGGUUUUGUUUUUCAAACUAGCUUCUUGCAUCUUACACACAAUAGUGCGCGCGCGUAGAUAUCGUUCGUUCUAGGUGCGUGAUCGUAGAAGGCCUAUCUGUUAUUGUAGGAAAUGCGGUUUUUGUUUCUUCGGAUUUAGACCGCGAGCCUUUUUGUUGUUUUGUUGAGCUUCCUCGCUGUAUUUGUGUCAGUGCGUGUGAUUUGUGGAUGAGCGCGGGCUUUUCUAGGUCUUCCCGGUGAAUUCUUGAAGGAAGCACCAACUUUUCAAUAACGUCGAAAGGGAAGAUCGAAGAAGGAUCGAGUGCAUGUUUUUGGAGGUAGCAGUGAUUUGGAAGGCUACCCUUAAGAGAAAAAAAGCAAGAGAUCAUACUUUGUUCUUAUCAUAUAGAUAUCGAAGUCUUCUGGAGCAAAUGAUCCAAAGUGACAUACGAGUGCAUUUACGUUAAAAGUGAGGGCUAGGCUAGAUCCCACUGCCCGGAUAGUGUCCAGAGAGCCUAGCUAAGCUCAAGUGUCCAGCCAGGGUGCAAAUGUUGCAAUUGGUUCAUUGAGAUCAAUUGAGAUCAACCGCUGCGGGAUCUUCAUUACUAUUGAUGGUUACACGGAGGGAGGGUGCAAUACUCAACAGCAACUAACAGUGAUGAUCUUUGGUGUAGUGCCCAUAACAUAGUGAACAAUCUCGACUGUAAAGCAGAAAAUAAUUGAAGAAAAUACUCAAACAGAAGAAGGUUUUAUCAAAAUCACGUCCAAACUAAAACUUGAAGAAGAGAAUUCAUAACAUAAGAAGACAUAAAAGUAAACAACAAACAAUGGCCAUACCAUUUCUGCAACCGGAAGAUGAUGAAGCUGCCCGGCUACACGGAUCAGGAGCCGGUGCAGGUCAUCCCGGGUCCGCCCCCAUUGGAAUGAUGGCUUCAGGUGCUGGGGCAGGAUCAUCGGGGAUUGGGGUCGGUGCAGGUCCACCCACCAAUCCGAUACCGAUCAGUUUCGGACCGCUGCCACCGCCGCCACCGAUUAUGCCCGGUGGCAUCGCCGGAUCUCCGGCACCCAGUGGAACCGGAACUGCAGUGCAGACCCCGCUCAUCGGACCGAUGAACGGUGACCAGCUGGUGCAUCUGUUCUACGAGGCGCUCUACCGUUACUCGAGAGGAGUUCCUCCGUUCGAUCUCUGCUGCUGUCGCUGCUGCAGUUUGACCAUUUCUGAUUCUGAUGCCCACCAAAGAUUAUGGAACAGUAAGAUGAGCAACUACCCAAUGCAUUCUGAUGCCGUAUCUGCUAGGCUUCACCGGAGAUGCGUCCAGAUUCUCAUCAUCGUCAUUGCCAUCAUCAACACGAUCAUCACGUUCACGAUCAUCAUCAUCAUUACAUUCGUCAUCAACUGCAUCGCUUCGGUUUGA